GGAGUCUCCUCAUCUGGAUGUCCAUGAAGAUAUGAUACUGAGAUUAGCAAACAAUGUGGAGAAGGAAAUAUUCAACCUCUUUCUUUGUGUUGACCAACGAUACAAAAACAAGUACCGCAGUCUCCUCUUUAACCUGAAAGCUCCAAAAAAUAAGCUCCUCUUCCACCAGGUGGUUCUUGGAGAGGUUUCCCCGCAGUGUCUUGUUCAAAUGAAUUCACUGGAGAUGGCACCCAAGGAGUUGGCAGAGUGGAGAGCUAAGGAGAGCAAACAUGUGCUGGAGAUGAUAGAGAAACAGGAGCGAGAACCACCAAGGCGUUGCCCCACAAAACUGACCCACAAAGGAGAAAUAGAGAUACACAGAGAGGUGGAUGAGGACUUUACUUUGGAAGACCUAUAUGGAUCAGUUCUAUGUAUGGACAAGAAACGUGUUUCCCAGCCCGCUGCAGAGUCCAAAAGAGACACCACAGACCAGCACAGGAGUCACUUACUGGACCUAGACUGCCUUAUCUGUACAGGAAGGAUGGCUCCUGAUGGUGAGAGAGGUUUUAACCCACUGCAGAGCAAAUCAACCUCAAAGAAGAAGGCAGAAGACAGCUCCAGAAGAUUACAUUCAAGCAGUGUCUAUUCAGACAAAGAGAGAAAACAUUUGGAGAAAGACAGGCCUGCCUCAACUGGCGUCCUCAAGAAGAAUCUAAGGCUACAGAAGCAAGUCAAGGACACUGUGCUGUGGGAGGGAUUCAUUCAGAUGUUCAGCAUUAAACAGUUUGUGGCAAAAGCAUAUCCUGUUUCAGGCUAUGGCACUUACCUCAUUCAAGCGUUACCGGAGCUGAUUCAGUCGAGGGGCUGUAUUCUCCCGGAGGACGUCUGGGAUUAUUUAGAGAGCAUAUGGCCAGCUGAAGCCAAGGAGAUGAGCAUGAUACAAUUCUGCCCUGCCAUGACCAAAGACUUCAGAAUUUACAACAUGCUGUAUUCGUAUUUGAACAACAAACAGAGAUACGGCAUUGUGGACAGCAACCAGAUGGAAAUGUUCAUGGUACCGCUGCCAGCCUUCCAGCCAGUACCUGCCAAAUUCCAUCCACUUGGUGGCCCAGGUCUUGAUGCAAAUCACUCUUGCUUGUUGCUGGGACUGAUUCUCCCAAAGAAAGUCUCAGGCGAUCCCUCUACAAGUAGCACGAGGCCCAGCCUCUUAAGGGAAACAAAAAGAAAGACAGUGACUUUUAAAAAUAACCUUGUGACCAAAUGCUUUUCCCCUCCUUUGGACAGUUCUGGGAGCACCAAACUGGCUGAACCAUUUCAACAGGUACCGUCCAGGGCAUUCACAGGUAAGCGGCUGUCUAGGAACGAGUAUCCUCCUGCAGUUUCUCACAGCCAGGAACCCCUUACAAACAAUAAUAUGUUCGCUCUCAAUACGGCAGUGGGUGAAGUCGUAAAUGGAGGGACAUGCCAUGCAGUAUCUUCUUCACACUGCCAAAACAGAAAGGAGGAAACUGACCAAUCCAUGCAGGAUUGUGCUUUCCAUUCACUUAGCAACUUCCCCUGGAUGGUAGGGCAGUCCUACAGCAUGGCUCAGGAAUCAUUGGGAAGGCAGCACAAUAUGACUGGGGGACAUACGGAGACAUACCUCGCUGAUGCAGGACCAGCCGCAUCACAGAACUGGAAUCACGGACCAUUGUCUUCAUGCUCCUUAUGCUCCCAUGAAUGUGGUGGCAAUGUGGCCCUCGAUGCCAACAUGUUAGGUAUUCAGCAGUUAUCAGGUAUAUUUUAUCCUGGAGUUACAUCUUCUGGUGGAGUUUCUCAGGUGCCAUCUGUGCCCCAUCUUGUUUCCCAUGAACCUUCUGCUACCUCUGACCUCCAAAAUCAUGCUGCAACUGGAGACUCCAGUCCAGCUGUUCCUGUGGAGGAAGCAUUGUCUCUGAUCCAGCAUCUGGAGGCACUGGUGCAGUUGAAUUCACAAAUUCAGAACCAGACUCUAUUUUCACUUCCUUCGUUAGAUCUUUCUGCAGUCCUACAGGCAGCCGCACCCGGGGAAACUCAGAUUGUUGGAGGAGCCGCAUUUCCACCCGUCCAGCAGGAAAGUGGUGUGUAUCCCCAGUCUCAGUUGACCCUUCCUCCCUUUGGUGGACCAGUAUAUCCCCCUUCUGAUUGUUAAUUACUCCAUGCCCUCUAGGGAGCUCCACAGAGAAUAAUUUGUACAGUUGUCUACUCCCAACAUGAAAGCAGCAUAAUCAUAAAGAGUUUGCAACUCAUCUUAAAAGCAUCAACCUCUGGAAUUUAAAAGGGCCUCCCACUAACUUUUGAGAGUUGUGGAUAGGUUGAAACAUGCCCAUAUGGAAAGAAGGCUUACAGAAUUAUUUCACGUACACUGGGAACAGAUGGAAUAAUGAGCAGUGCUCUAAAUACGUCAGCAGCCACAUGCAGACGCCAGAUAUUGAUCAGAAUGGGAGAAGUAGGGCAAGUGUUACAAUGACUCAAUGUAAACUGUUUUCUGGUCACUCUGCUUUGUGUGGCCUUUGAAAAGGAACUUUUGGCCAUUUCCCUGUGCACUUGGGGCUGGGGUGGGGAGGGGGAGCGACAAGGAAGUACUGUGCGCAAGGAAAGGUGUGUGUGUGUGAGGGGGCAGAUCUGAGGCUCACUGAGAAAUAACGUGCUACUGA